CCCUGGUACGACUAUCACUUGGUGUUUCAGUGCAAAACCUUGACAUUGAUGCUUCAGGGUGGGACGUUAUUCAUUAUGCUGGUGCCAAACUUCCAUGCAUGGUGCCAAAUCUUGAAGCUCUUAACAUACAUUCGUCUUAUGUGAGGGAUAUACUGGUGGUACCUGGCAAAUUCCUCCACCUCCAGCAUCUGUGUAUUGGGGCCUUUACCCCAGACUAUGAUUAUUUCUGUCUGGCUUCUUUACUUGAUGCUUGUCCUUCCUUGGAGACUUUCAUAUUGUCUGCAGAGCCGGAUUGCAUGGAGCAAGAAUCAGUUUUAGGAGAUUCUUUUCAUGAUCUAAGGCAGAUGCCAGGACACAUGCAUAGGAACAUCAAGGAUGUGCAGAUCAUUGGUUUUUGUUCUGCGAAGAGCAUGGUUGAGCUGACAUGCCAUAUUCUUGAGAAUUCCAAGCUGCUUAAGCGCCUUAAACUGAGCACCUGUUACAAUGGUGAGAUUUUGUGUUCCUACAACAAUAAUGGUAAAUGUCUCCCGAUGAGUAGGGGUAUGAUCAUGGAAGCCCAUAAAGCUCUCUUGGCGGUGGAAAGAUAUAUUUUGGGGAAAGUUCCCUCAACCGUCGAGUUAAAAGUUGAGGAGCCUUGCAGCCGUUGCAAUGCUCUUGAAAUCUAGGGCAUGUUUGGCCUUUCUCCAGCUCUGAGCUUUGAUAGGGAUGCUCGUGGAGCAGGAUAAGGCCAUGUCAGCUGGGAAUAUCAGGUGAUACCACCCAUUAAAUGCUCCCAUGAUCACAACUUUCAGAAAACCAGUUCAAUUGUCUCAAAGCAUUCCGAUUUCUUUUUGUGAGGGUGCACAAGACGUGCAGUUACAUCCCCUAAAAAUUUCAGACCUAAGUUCGAAAUAUACAUGGAGAAACUAAAAAAAAGAUGCAAAUCCAGCAUGAAUAAUGUCACAAAAAGACGAGCAUAAAUGACACU